AUGCCUCCCCUACGGGCACUGGCAGCACCGCGGUGCCUGCGGACACUCACCUCCCCCCCAACCUCAACCAUAUUCAACAACCUCACACCCGCCCGCACCCGCACCCUCACCACCACCGCCCCCCUCCCACGCCAAACCCCCUCGCACCUAACCGUGCCCCUCGAGCAAGUCCCCGAUUACCCCUUCGGGCGCUUCACAACCUACAAGCAGCGCAACGAGGGCCUCUUCGGCCGCACAAAAAUCCGGUUCGGCAACGUGGUGGCCUCCAAGUACGGCAACAAGUCGCGCACGUCCUGGCUGCCGAACCGCCAGACCAAGCGCCUGUGGUCGCCGGCGCUGCAGGGCUUUGUGCGCACGCGCAUGACCGCCUCGGUGCUCAAGACCAUCGACAAGCUCGGCGGCAUCGACGAGUACCUGCUCGGCGGCAAGACGAAGCGCAUACGGGAGCUGGGGCCCGCCGGAUGGAGGCUGCGCUGGAAGAUCAUGCAGACGCCCGCCGUGCAGGAGCGCUUUGCGCGCGAGAGGGCGGCUAUGGGCUUGCCGCCGAAGGGGGACGGCGAGGCGGUGACAAUGCCGGUUGGUUUACUAGCUGAGGGGGAGACGGCCGAGGAGGCCAUGAGCGAGAUCGACGGUAUGCUGGAACGCGGCGACGAGUUUGUCAUUGGGGAGGUCAAGGAGGGAGAGGACAUGGUCGCUCACGAGGAUCGCGAGGCAAUAGAAGAGGCACGUCAGGCUACAGAGGAUGUCGACUACGUGGAGAGGAAGACCCUGUGA